AUUCUUCAGCUCAACACCUUGAUACUCGUACGAGUCAUAAAGGAGAUGACCAAUUUGUUGCAGCCAACUGGGGAAGACGACCAUUUUCAGCAAAUACGGUAAGAUUCACAACAUAAAACUAAAACAAAAUAGUGGAAGAGGCAGCCAUGUCCUCCUGUGAGGCUCUAUUCGCCUAACUUCCUCAUUCCUUAAUCAGUAAGGCAUUACGAUAUCUAAAAAUGAAAAUUAAUUGUCAAAGGAAAAUGAAUGAAUGUUUUCUUUUAACUCCGAGAAUGGGUGUCGAAACAUGGGUGGUGAUGAUUCCCCUCCUGGGUGUCACGUGGCUAUUCGGUCUCCUCUCGCCUGUACAUAAAACUUUCGUUCACAUCUUCACCAUACGUAACUCUGCUCAGGUCAGUGUUCGAUGGUAACUGUAAAAAAUUAAUCAGUCUCUAUCAUUAUUUUACUUUCUAACCAAGUGAAACACCAUUACGAUGGUCACAUAAUAUUUUUUGGAAGUCUAAAAACAACAAUUAUGUUAACUAUGCAAGAGAAGACAAACUUCUUUUUUUAAUUAUAAGACAUGCAAUUCUCUUUCCUCUUGGAAAUCUUAAUAGGUAUUUUGUCUAAUUUGUUUGCAUAUUGUAAAAAUUAAUGAUCUUGAAAUCAUGUUUAUGCUGCAGGGUUUCCUGAUUUUCUCUCUACACUGCAUGCGAAACACUCAGGUAAGGAAAAUAAACAAACUAAUUGUUAACUCCAUAUCAUCAAGUUUUAGUUUUUCGAGAGAUAUCCGAGUACAAGUGCUAGGAAUGUGUUUCGCGUCGCUCGUCUAUCUGCAGAUCAGAGAGCGUUUCAAAAGAAAGAUGAACAUCGUUUUUCGAUCUUCUAUAAAGAGCAACUCCACAAGGAAGAGCUCACAGGUCCAUCCAAGUGAGGUUGGGGAUGUAUGGGCAGUUAAAUUGCAGUCUUGUGCUCAGUUUUAA